AUGACACGACGACUCGACCGUUACUCAAUGAUGAUUGUUUCAAAAUACUUCAACGACAUUGGUGACUUUGUUAAUCUUGUUAUGGUCAACAGAAAGUUCACCGAGAUACCAGAGAUGUUCCAUUACAACCCGAUUCCUCUGACAAGAAAAACAGCGAAACACUUCCCAAAUGUGGAGACACUCCACAUCUAUAAAAACAGCGACUUGUAUAUGAAGGAUUACUACCAGUACUAUGUCCACAUCGAAAUGUCUGUUCUGCAAUACAUGGAGAUGUUCAAAACGCGUCGAAUGAUAUGUCCACGUGUAUUCUUUUCAUACACAAACAAACACGAUAUACUGUCAUUCAAACACGCAACUGUCUUGAAAGUCGUUCCAAACAACGUGGAGAUUCCAGCGUCUUUUGAUUGCUCCAACAUCAUCAAGUUUGAUGCGCGUUGUUUUUAUCAUAACACACAGCUGUCAUCCAUCACACUUUCAACCAAUUUGGUUGAAAUUCCAGAUUGCUGUUUUAUGUUGUGUAUUCGCCUCAAAGCAAUUGAUCUGAAGAAUGUUUGUGUUUUGGGUCAAAAUUGCUUUGCGGACUGCGACAGUUUGAGUGCAAUCACGUUUACUACACGACUGAGAAAAACUGCAAAAAGUGCAUUCAAUUUGGUGACUUCAAUUCAAAAUGUCACAGCACCAAACGUCAAAUGCGUUGACUUCAUUGUGACUGCGUCUUCAUCAAAAGCAUUUUCUGGAAUACAACACAAAACAGUCACAACAAGAAAAGACGUUGCAAACGGGUUUGGACUCGACUUCAUAUCGGACGAAAUUUGCAGUUAUGCCUUCAAUUACAAGAGGGGCAUUUCCGGUAUGAACAUUGCAAGCACAGUCACAUCAAUUGAAACAAACGCAUUUGAAAACAGCGAUUUGACACGACUCGAUUUGUCGUUUGUUCAGUUUUUUGGAGAGCAACAGAAUAUGACGCGGAUCACAGCAAUCACAACAAACGACAACAUACAAAUCAACAACUUGUAUGACUACAAAACACUCAAGAAUAUAUCGUGUUACAAGACCAACACAAUUCACGGCAAGGCAGCGUGCUGGAUGAAAGAGAUGAUCGAUAAGGCGGUUCUUGAUGUCGACGAAUACUACUUGUCUAAAGAGGACUUUGAAAUGUGGAAAGGUGUCAUCCCACACAAUUUCAACAAACUGAAGGCAAUCUCCCCGUUUGUUAACUUCCAGAAGUUUAAUAUUGAAGAGAUUGUGAUACCUGAGGGCAUCACACGUAUCGGAGUGCAGACUAUCACAAGCUGUACGUGUCUCACAAAACUUGUGUUGCCAAAGGGAGAUGCCAUCAAGUUGUCGAUAUUUACACACCCACACAUCAGAGAAAUCAGUCUGAGUCCAAACGCAGUCCACUAUUUCAGCAAAUGUCACGCCCUCAGAUCAGUCACAUUUCUUGAUGCAAACAUCGUAAACAGAAAACUCUUCUAUCACUGCGACAUGUUGAGCAACAUUGUAUUUACAGACCCACCGACAGACUCAACUUUCAAUGGGAACAUCGACUACACUGUUUACAAUAUUUUGAACAAAUCGUUCAAAUUUGAAGGGGAUGUCACACUGUAUUGGCAUAACAGCAACUUUUUGGAUGAAAACAGAGUAUUCACUGUUCCCGAAGCUGUCACCAUUCUGGGUGAUGUGUUGUUGGUUGAUAGCAAUGUCAAUGUCGUUGUCAUGGGUCAAAACGUGAAGAAGAUAUACAACAGUGCGUUUGUGAAUUGUUACAACCUCAAAGUGAUAAAGAACAUGAAAAGAUCAAUAGAAAUACAAAAGGGUGCCUUUGAAAAAGUUGCUAAGAAUUUUCAUAUUGAAUAUAUCGAUUGA